ACAAUUUACGUCACUUCCUCCUGCUGUGGACGGCCGCACGUGUUGAACGAGCGACUGUUUACAGUUAAUUUCUGACUUUAGGUUGCGCGUGCCGGCAAAAAAUAUACAAAACAUUGUAACUACGUCUUCUGUCUCACCGCAGUGAUGCCGAAGGUGAAGAAAUCCAGAGGCGGAGGAGGAGAGAAGAGCGGAGCGGUGGUGGUGGCACUGGCUGACCAGAUCCUACAGGCGGACACAGUGCGAGGCCGAGGCCGGGCGAAGAGCAGGGACAGUCGGCCUGAAGACGACGACACGUACGUAGACGAGCGUCUGUCGCGGAAGAUCUUACAACAGGCCCGAAUUCAACAAGAGGAGCUUCAGACUGAAUAUGGGCUGGCACCAGAGACGAAGAAAGCACCUGUCACUGUUCUCGGGCCUGAUGCUCAGGAUGCAGACUCAGACGAGGAGUGGCCGGCGCUGGGAGAGGCUGGUGCUGGUGACGGCGAUGCUGAGUGUGAGACUGAAGUUGUUGUUGACGCUGACGAUGAGAAGGCCAUUGAGAUGUUCAUGAAUAAAAACCCUCCAAUGAGACGCACUUUAGCUGAUAUCAUCAUGGAGAAGAUUACAGAGAAGCAGACUGAGGUGGGAACCGUGAUGUCGGAGGUGUCAGGGUGUCCAAUGCCCCAGCUGGACCCGAGGGUAACAGAAGUGUACAAAGGUGUCAGUAAGGUUCUCUCAAGAUAUCGCAGCGGUAAAUUACCAAAGGCUUUUAAAAUAGUCCCAGCGCUUUCAAACUGGGAGCAGAUUCUCUAUUUGACGGAGCCUGAGACCUGGACUGCAGCUGCCAUGUACCAAGCAACAAGAAUCUUCUCCUCUAACCUGAAAGAGCGAAUGGCCCAGCGGUUUUACAACUUGGUGCUGCUGCCCCGAGUGCGGGAUGAUAUCGCAGAGUACAAGCGACUCAACUUUCAUCUCUACAGUGCUCUGAAGAAGGCCUUGUUCAAACCAGGAGCGUGGUUUAAAGGUAUACUGAUUCCUCUGUGUGAGUCUGGGACGUGUACUCUCAGGGAAGCCAUCAUCAUCGGAAGCAUACUCACAAAGUGCUCGAUCCCUGUUCUCCACUCUAGCGCUGCAAUGCUGAAGUUGGCAGAGAUGGAGUACAACGGCGCCAACAGCAUUUUCCUGCGACUCCUGCUCGACAAGAAGUACGCCCUGCCUUUCCGUGUCCUAGAUGCCUUGGUGGCCCAUUUCCUGUCCUUCCGCAGUGAAAAACGUGUGCUUCCUGUGCUGUGGCAUCAGAGCUUACUCACCCUGGCUCAGCGCUACAAAGCUGACCUGGCCUCCGAACAGAAGACUGCACUGCUGGAGCUGCUCAAGAUACAAACACACCCUCAGAUCUCUGCAGAGAUUCGCAGAGAACUGCAGAACUCGGAGUCGAGGGAUCUUGAGAUUGGGCUCCCUGUUACGGUUGAAAUGGACUGAGGACUCAGUCUGGUGUGGCGCAUCCUCCUCCUCUGAUGCAGAUGAUUCAUGGUUCCUCAGCACGAAGAAAACUUUGUUAAAUUUAACUUCAUUAUUCUUCCUGUCCCAUGAAAGGGCUGUUUCAAAGGUCACAGUCUAUCAGGAGCCAUGGUUCUGUUCCCUACUUGGAUGACUUUGCAUAGUUAAAGAUGCACAUCAAUAGUGAUGUUAAUGUUGUAUUUUCUUAUCAUGAAUCAGAGCUUUUUUUCCUGCAGUUGCAGUGCCGUGAUUGCUCAGGAAUAUGAAGACUGAUGUUUGUGUACAUUUGAUUAAGAGCAAUAACUUGGAUUAAAAACUAACUGAAUCCUUAA